AUGGUACAGGAGGGGGUGCUGAUCCCCCACGUGGUGCGCCUCUGUCUGGAGGAGGUGGAGAGGAGGGGCCUGGAGGAGGUGGGCAUCUACAGGACUUCAGGAGCGGCUAGUGACAUCAACUCUCUGAAAGUCAUCUUCAACAGUGAUUUGCGUGAGGCGGUGUCCAGGCUGAGGCAUGCAGAGGUCAAUGUGGUGUCUGGUCUCCUCAAACUUUACUUCAGAGAACUUCCUGAACCUCUCAUACCCACUGAGCUGUUCCACCGUCUGGCCCAGACGCUGGAAAUCCAAGAUUUCGACUCUAAACUGGCCUGUAUGAUGUCUUUACUUCAGUCCUGUCCAGACACCAACCACCAAACCUUCCUUCAUCUCAUCCACCAUCUUAGACGGGUCUCAGAGAGGCAGGAGGUGAACAAGAUGUCACUGAAGAACCUGGCUACAGUAUUUGGUCCCAGCCUUGUACGCCCCCCUGUGGCAUCCCAGUGUCACCACAGCGCUGCUAUGGCCGUCUCCCAGGAGGUGGUGGUGCAGGUGCAGGUGGUCUUUUUCUACCUGCAGUGUAACGACCUCCCCUACGCCCAGACUUCUUUGCCUCAUGACCCGGACAGCGGAGAUGAGACCACCCACAAGUGAGACCACCACCAAACUAAUGCCUGAACGCUUUUUAGUUCGCCAGCGAAACUGUCAGCAGAGGCGGCCUGUAGAAUAGUCAUUGUACAGACGUUAAGAGGGUCGAUGUAUUUAUCAAACAUCUGGACUUGCAAUUUGUGCUGUUGAUUGGAAAUGGGACUCAUGUAACUUUUCAUGACAACCAAAACCUUCAGCU